AUGGCUCCUGCCGCUCCUGCUGUCCAGCCCUCAUCCCCUCCGUCGCCAAGAGUCCGCUUUUCAGACUCAUCUUCCAUUGUCACCAGUGUCUCACGGCCCCUCAGCUCAGAAGAGGCGUGGCUACUCUACGACUUUGAGACGCAUUGCCGAGACUGCCGCCAAUGCAUCUCACCCUACAAGCGUUGGCAGGCCGGUGCUCCGUUGUGUCACAAGGGAACGCACAUGUCAAAACGUGUCGCCGAAGCCAUCUACAUGCAAAAGGGCAAGAUCUUCGAGAGAUACACACGUCACAAGAAGCCCUCGCAAGUUGAGGUUCCGCAUACAUAUACCUACCUCCGAGAACAACUUCUCGUCAUGGAAGAAGCUUCUGCCAUCCGUCAUGCUCGCCAACAAGAAGAGCAACGGCCCAGUGUCAAAAUUCACAAUGACAGCCAUCGCCGCAACGACGAGCCUCGUAGAUCUAGCAGUACAGAAGUCGUCAUUGAGGCAGGACGCAGCACCAAUGAUCAACGCAGGAGAGAUAAAUACCGCCAGGACGAACCUCGCGAGAGCAGAUACCACGAUCAAGAUCGUGAACACAGACAUGGCUACAAGGUGCACCGUUCAGAAUAUCAUCACGAAGAGAGGAACGAUCGAGACCGACGCCGCACGACUGACGUCGAGGCCGAAGUCAAUGUUGGAAACAGGAGGUACCGAACUCAGGAGAGACGACCAACCUGGGCAGAUGGAGACGUGAGAGCACGUCAGUAG